CCAAAAUAAUGAACUUUUAUUGAAUUCAAACAAUUAUAUAUCUACGCUACUUCAAGAAAUGUAACAAACACUUUAUCAUUGUAAGAAUAUUUUGUAUUAUACAAGAAAUUUACACAUUGUCAUUGUAGCCAUAUUUUCUAAGACAUUUAAAUAGUUAUUCAUGUACAAUUUGUAUAAAUUGCUAAGCUUCUUAUUUAAUGUACUCUUAUAUUAGAGUAAAUUUGCAUGAAUUAUAAAAUCAUGGAUACAUUUUCUACACAAAGGUAUGAAACAAAGAUUCAAAGUUUUGAUACAUGCAUGAUUGAUGCUGCAAAUCAACAGAGAGAAAUAUCUGAAACAGUCAAUGGACAGGCAUCUUCUCAAACAGUUGAAGUUGAGAAUCAAGAAAAUCAUGAAACUUCAAGUUUACAUCAGCCACAACAUGAAUCUGAACAGCAACAUCAACAAGAUCAACCUAAUCAAAUCUCACAAUUACAAUCUAAUACUCAACAAAGUAUGACUCUUACUCCAAUUCGAUUACCUGCCAUACUUGAUGGAGAAUUCUUUACUGUAAUUAGAGUAGAAGAUAGUAAUGUAACAGUUCGAUGUUUACAAUGUCAAAAACAUUUAAAUGGAAAUUUAAAAUCUACUGGAAAUUUUUUAAGUCAUAUCAAAAGAGUACAUCCUUUUAUGGUUGAUAAAAUAAAAUGUAAAUCUAAUCAAAGAAAACCUGCAAUGAUAUAUAUUGAUUUAUCAGCAGAUAAAUGCCCAGAAAUAGUAAGAACUAAAAGAAGAUAUAGAAAAUGUUACAAAACAGAUGACUGGCAACCAGGAAAUGAAGAAGCAUAUGAUCAGUCUAGCGAAUGGUCUGAAAGUCCAAUAAUUCGUAGACGUAAAUUAGAAGAAGCUGAAUGUUCUGAUCUUUUAAAAAUAUCACAUAAUAAUUCAUUUGUAAUGGAAGAUGAGUUUGAUGCAAUUGGAAGAAAUGUUGCAGCAAAACUUAGAAAUAUGAGAUUAGAUCAGAGAAUUAUAGCUGAAAAAUUAUUAAAUGAUAUUUUAUUUGAAGCACAAUUAGGAAAUCUUCAUAGAGAUUCUAAUAUACAUGUAUGAAAAAAAUAUUUUAUAGAUUAGGAUGUGUAGAUAAGGAUUGGAUGUAAGUAGAUAAUGUGAAUAUAUAUGAAUGAAUGUAUAAGGGAUCAUAUAUUUUUUAUCAAAUUACAUUUAUUAAUAUUUGUUCAUUGAUAUUAUCUUAUUGUACUUUAUAUAAUAAUUAGUAAUUUUCUACUAAGGCUAAACAGUUAGAUACAAAAUAAUGUGAUCUAUUUUAUAUAUUUUUUAGUUUAUGUCACGAAUAUCGUGAAAAUAAAUAUCGAUUCUAUAUAAAAUGAUAAGUAUUUAAAUUUAAUAUAUAAAAUAUUAAAGAUGAAAAUAUAUAAUAUACAUAUUUUAAUACUAAUAAGUAUUCAUAUUAUUGCAGUAUUGUUCCAAAAUAAGUAAGUCGUUUGGGAUCAUGUAUACAAUAUUGUUCCGAAAUAAGCAAAUUAUUUGAGACCAGUCAAUUGUUUAUUAUGAUCAAGUAUAUUAUUAAUACUCUUUUUCAA